UCUUCCUACAAGGGCUAUCUUUCUCACCAGCUGCACCCUCUCUUUUCUCUCUUCCUCUUCCUUUUCGCAAGAGGCUGAUAAGUGCAACUGUCUAAUUUCUUUAUCAUGCCCCCGUUGUCCUUCUGGAUGGUUUGAGCUGUUCUGUGUGUGCUGGAAUCCGCAGUAGCCCUGAGUGCUGGGAGUUGAGGUACACCCUGAGUUGUGCACUGUGGAAAUGUCUGUGACAUCCCUGUGCCGUUUCUCUCCCGAAGCCACCCAGCUUCAGUGGGUGCUCCUGGAUCUUGGAUGUGCGGGGCUGUCUGGAUGAUUGGCACCUGGACCAGGGGAGCCCGAAGGCAUUAGAUCAUCUUUGAACAACUUCAGAAGAGCUGUCAUCCACAGAGAUGUCCUUGCAGCAAUCAAUUGGAGCCUCUCAGAAGAGCUUUUGAUUAAACGAGGUCACCCUGCAUGGCCCUGGAGUUAAAAUGACUACGUUUGUCAAAAACUAAACAACGACAACGACAAAAAAAAACCUUGGCUAUGUCAGAGGGCUGGGCUGGAGGACAAGUGUCUGAAAAAACACCUGCAGUAUUGGGAAUUUACUGCUGCUCACCUGGCCUCAGCGUCCACCUGCUCAGAGGAUGUGAGUGGACUGUGUGUGGGAGCCCCUGGAAGCAUGGAGACUGUGGUGAUCGUCGCCAUAGGUGUGCUGGCCACCAUCUUCCUGGCCUCGUUUGCCGCUUUGGUGGUGGUUUGUAGGCAGCGCUACUGCCGGCCUCGAGACCUGCUACAGUGCUAUGAUUCCAAGCCCAUUGUGGACCUCAUUGGCGCGAUGGAGACACAGUCUGAGCCCUCUGAGUUAGAGCUGGAUGAUGUGGUCAUCACCAACCCCCACAUUGAGGCCAUUCUGGAGAAUGAAGACUGGAUUGAGGAUGCCUCGGGCCUCAUGUCCCACUGCAUCGCCAUCUUGAAGAUUUGUCACACUCUGACAGAAAAACUUGUUGCCAUGACAAUGGGUUCUGGGGCCAAGAUGAAGACUUCAGCAAGUGUCAGCGACAUCAUUGUGGUGGCCAAGAGGAUUAGCCCCAGAGUGGAUGAUGUCGUGAAGUCAAUGUACCCUCCGCUGGACCCCAAGCUCCUGGAUGCGCGGACAACCGCUCUGCUCUUAUCCGUCAGUCACUUGGUGCUAGUAACCAGGAAUGCCUGCCACCUAACCGGGGGCCUGGACUGGAUCGACCAGUCACUGUCUGCUGCUGAGGAGCAUCUGGAAGUCCUCCGAGAGGCAGCCCUGGCUUCUGAGCCGGAAAAAAGCCUUCCCAACCCCGAGGGCUUCCUGCAGGAGCAGUCGGCCAUUUAAUCUGCAAGGCUCCAGUCUCUGCCUCCACGUGGCUCAGCCGAGCCUUCCACUUCCUGUAGAUUUAGUUGUUCUCUGGAGCUCUGGCAUCCAGCCCCGGGUGCUGAGGAAAGCCGAGAGCCUCAUCCUGGAUGCCUCCGCUGCAAUGGCAAACAGUGGCUGGAGAGUGGCAGUGUAAUACCACAGUUAAGGGGGCUGCCGUGUACCUCUUCAGCAGAACACAGAAAGCUGCAGGGCUUACUGCUAGAUUUAGUUCAUUUAAUGUUUCCAAGAAAAUGGAGUUGCCCUCUAAGAAUCAAGAGGCUUCACACUGCAUUAGGAUUUCUGGCUUCUGAAAAUCAAGGUGUGGCAACUCGCAGCUGCGCUGCGAACAAUCAGAAUGAAGCCGGGAUCGCCUCUUUGGAGAAUCCUUGAACUCCCCUUGCUGGUUUGUGUUCAGUCCUUGGUCCCUGAAGCAUCCAAGCCCCUCACCCCCAUGUGUCUUCCCCUUUCCUGUUUGUGUUUGAAGCCGAGGAAGA